AUGCUCCUCUUUCUGGGCCUGGUCUCCUUCUCCUUCUUCUCGCCCGCGGAGACGAACCGGACCUCCCGGCCGCCGCCGGAGAGCGGCGAGCAGUGCUGGGCGUGCGACUACCGGGAGCACAGCAAGCAGAUGAGGCUCCACGGCAUCAGGUCCCAGAUCCUCAGCAUCCUGCGGCUGCAGCAGGCCCCCAACAUCAGCCGGGACAUGAUCCGCCAGCUGCUCCCCAAGGCACCCCCUCUCACGCAGAUCCUGGACCAGUACGACCCGCGGGUGGAGGACGAGGACCACGUCACCACGGAGACCAUCAUCACCAUGGCCACCAAGCCCGACCCGGUUCUCCAGGACGACCUGUCCUCCUGUUGUCUCUUCAGCCUGAGUCCGAAGAUCCAACCCAAGAACAUCCUGCACGCCCAGCUGUGGGUGCACCUGCGCCCGGCCGACGCCGUCACCACCGUCUUCCUGCAGAUCUCGCGCCUCAAACCAGGGAAGGAGGGCAACGGCACCCGGGUCCGGGUCCGCUCCCUGAAGAUCGAGGCGGACGCCGGCGCCGGCUCCGGCUCGUGGCAGAGCGUGGACAUCAAGUCUCUGCUGCGCGCCUGGCUGCGUCAGCCGGAGACCAACUACGGCAUCGAGAUCAACGCCUACGGCGCCGACGGCGAGGACCUGGCCGUCACCUCGGCCGAGCCCGGGGAGGAAGGCCUGCGACCGUUCAUCGAGGUGAAGAUCCUCGACGGCCCCAAGAGGUCCCGCCGUGACUCGGGCCUCAACUGCGACGAGGAGUCGGCGGAGACGCGGUGCUGCCGCUACCCGCUCACCGUGGACUUCGAGGAGUUCGGCUGGGACUGGAUCAUCGCGCCGAAGCGCUACCGGGCCAACUACUGCUCGGGGGAGUGCGAGUCCAUGCACCUGCAGCAGUACCCACACGCCCACCUGGUGAACAAGGCCAACCCGAGGGGCACGGCCGGGCCCUGCUGCACGCCCACCAAGAUGUCCGCCAUCAACAUGCUGUACUUCAACCGCAAGGAGCAGAUCAUCUACGGGAAGAUCCCGUCCAUGGUGGUGGACCACUGCGGCUGCUCCUGAGGACGGGAAGUCGUGCAACACGUCUUCUAUAAAGUCCUACGUCCGUCCCGUCUUGUGAAAACGUGCCUCGGCCCAGAGAGAACCCCGCGGGGCGUCUCCCACGUGCGCCUUUAUUUUGAAAAGCAUGAAUGACUCCGGCUGACCGAUUCUCUCCUCCUCGCUGUGAUCUGUCCUCCAGAAUGUUUAGUGAGUCAGGGGCCGCGCCGCAGGAGGUCCGUUAGCUUGUGUUGUGUUACUACGCGGAGCAGCACCUAGUGGACGUUAGAAGCACUGCAGCCGAAGACUUCCUUUGGCGUUCAGCUGCUGGUUUAGAGGUACAACUUAUAUUUAAAUGUGGCCUUUGGGGAGCAAUAAUACAUAUAUGUGCAUGCCUCCAAACCCAAACUAUAACCCUAAUUUAAGGAGGUUGUUUCAGACCCUGAACCCCCAUCCUGAUGAAAGAGUGUUUAACGCACACCAGCCAAUGACAACGUGAGGCAGGAACUGUGAUCUCAGAGGGAGGUCUGAGCUGGAUUUGAAGUGCAGGUGUCCUGACUGUUGUUGUGCUCCACGGGGGUUCUGACCCACGAGUCCCAGAACGUCCACAAGGAACACAGUUUCACAUUCUUUGGUUCUGCGGUGAACAACAUGUCCAGUCCACGUUGGAGGGGUUUGAUCCUCUUCUUUAUGCGUGUUUAUCUCUAUAAAAGUGAUCGUUUUCAAAUGAAUCCACAUUUUGUUCUUGAUAAAGUUAAUAAAGGACACGUAAAGGUGGAUAUUUAGUAUAUACAGUAUGCAUACUAUGUGUUGUGUGUUGCAUUUCUGAAGUAUAAAGUGUGUUAUGCUAUUUAUCUCUACAGAUAAACGAGGAUCAUUAAAUGUGGUGUGAGGACAUGGGAUGGUGCGUUCAAGAUCACUCUGAAAACGUAACCUUGCAUCUAUGAGUAAAACUAGACGACGUGUAAACUAUAUGAAAAUCCUUUGAAAAUAUAACUUUCUUUUGGUCAAAUAUUUGCUGUCAUGGAUGCAUCUUUGUGUCUUUAAACGCACCAUCAGUGUAUGCGAAGUUCCCGCAUUAUCACUAUUAUUAUUAUUAUUAUUAUUAUUAUUAUUAUAUAUUAUCCCGAUCUAUUAUUCCCGUAGCUGUGUCUACGGUGUAUAAUGUAAAGUGUCUU